AAAAAAAAAAAAAAAAAAAAAAAAAAAAAAAAAAGGGCCUUUCCCUCUCUUUCUUUGCACUUUUUCUCUGUAACCAAACAAUAACAGAGAGCCCGCAAAGACACUCUUUUUUGUUUCCGUACAUCCAUGGAGGACGAUUCAUCGAGCCGUAAUCUCAAGCGCCCGUUCCCAGCCGACGACGACACCUUCAGUAAACCUCCUAUGCAAAAGAGGAUUAGAUUUCCCAAGGGAAAGAAAUUGAAGCAAGGAGAGGAAGGUGUGAGUGGAGGCAUAGCUGAGAUUUAUCCCGCCGUAGACCCUCGUUUCGCUGCUAAGGACCGUGCCAAUCGCCGCAGACAAAUACCUGACGACCUCUUGAGUCACGAAGGCAGAGGCAGUGCAAGUGAUGUCUCCUACGCUGAAGUGGCUUAUGAGGGUAAUGAGAAUUUGGAUGACGAUGGUGUUCCAAUCGAACCUUUUAACUUGGACAAAGAGAGGGAAGAAGGAUAUUUUGAUGCGCAGGGGAAUUUUGUUGAAUAUGUCAAGGACAAGGAAAUCAAGGAUGCAUGGCUUGAUAGUGUUGAUGUUGCUCCGCUAUAUGCUGGAAAAGGUACUGUUACCAAAACUGAUGAUGAUGUGCAAGAUCUCUCAUCUAAUGAUGUUGCAAAGAUGAAACGACGAAUCGCUGAUGUGCUUGAGCCAGGAGAAACGGUUUUACAAGCUUUGAGAAGACUGAAGGGAACUUCAAAUAACAGGAAGGAAAAGAUGUCAGCUGAAACAAAGGUUGUCUUUGACCAGCUGACUGAAGAUGCCAUGAAACUUAUGGAGAAUGGUGAAUACAAUGUGUAUCAUGAGAGCCAGGAUGUGUUUGAGCGUGAGGCUGAAGGAUAUGAGAGUCUACUACGAGCAAGAGGUGAAGGCUCAUCCAUAAGUGCAGACCAGGGGUAUUCUGAUGCCAACAGAGGGAUAGACAUUUUCUCUGCUGAAACAGAGGAUGGUGUUAUGACUUCAGAAUCUGUUAAGCCGUCUUCUGAUGAGUAUGAUAUGUUUGCGGAAGAUGAUGGAAUUGCUACGACUAAACAAUCUUCUGAUGUCUCUGAUGGAGUUGGUCAGCCAUUGUCAAACAUUCAAAACACUAAUGCAGAGGGUGGAGCUUUAGAAAGCGAUUAUGCAUUUGACGAGUCUUCUGGGUACUAUUAUAGCAGCAGUUUUGGCUAUUAUUAUGACCCAUCUAGUGGACUUUAUUGUUCUGCUUCGUCUGGGAAGUGGUUCUCAUUCAAUGAGGAAACCAGCACAUAUGAUGAAAUUCAGGAGGAUGUGCUGAACGCGAACUGAAUUUUCUACUUCAGUGUUUGUACAGACUAUAGAGCAAGCAUUAGUGUAUAAAAUUUGGAUAAAUUAGAAGGGAUUACAAAGUGAGAUUGGUUUUUCUUCAAAUUGGGGAAGAUGCUACUAGAUUGUCUUGCAUUUUGUUCAUCAGUUUUGUUGUUAAUGUUACAACUCUAUCUCUGCCAGAAUGAACAAAUACUUUUAGGAGUUAGAAUCGGUAAUGAAACUAUGUUUCUUUUCA